AUGAAGGUCAUUCUCGCCAUCAAUGCCGGCUCCAGCUCGGUCAAGAUCUCGGUUUAUACCGCAGAUAAGAACGCAGAACCUCAUCAAAUCGCAGAAGCCUCAAUCGGAGGAUUGACUGCCCCACCAGCUACGCUUGCUUAUACGCGUCGCGGUGAGAAGGUGGUCAAGGCGAAAGAGGUUGCCGAAAGUGUCAAGAAUCAAGAGGAUGCUUUCGACCUUCUCCUCAAAACAUUCAUUGAUGACAGUGAGCUCAAUGAGAUCUCUUCAAAGGAGGACAUUGCCAUCGCCAGCCACCGCAUCGUUCAUGGCGGAGACUAUGAUCGGUCGCAAGUCAUCACCCAAGAUGCCUAUCACCACCUUGAAGAGCUCAGCGACCUGGCACCACUCCACAAUGGCGUCGCCUUGAGCAUAGUCGAUACUUGCAUCAGCGCGCUGCCCAGGACCAUCAACGUCGCCUGUUUUGACUCGCAAUUCCAUACAACUAUUCCUCCACACAUCUACACCUAUCCCAUCGACCCAAAGAUCGCCAAGAGUAAUCGCUUACGCAAGUACGGAUUUCACGGAAUCAGUUAUGCAUUCAUCACAAGAGCCGUGGCCCAGUAUCUUGAAAAAGACGUCGACAGCUUAAACAUGAUCGCUUUGCACCUCGGCAGCGGUGCCAGCGCCUGCGCCAUCAAGGGCGGCAAGAGUUGGGAUACGAGCAUGGGGCUUACACCGUUGGCGGGCCUUCCUGGAGCGACUCGAAGCGGCAGUGUUGAUCCUAGCCCUGGGCCUAAGGCCUAA